GCGGCGCUGAAGCCGCUUUUCUGCUUUCGCCGCCGGCAGUGUGGGUUGCGCUUUGCUGCUGCGGAGGCUCCUUCAAACAUGCAGAGCAGUACAAGAAGAAUGGGCAUCAUGACUGAUGUCCACCGGCGAUUCCUCCAGCUGAUGAUGACUCAUGGAGUGCUGGAGGAGUGGGAGGUUAAGCGCUUGCAAAGGCACUGCUACAAGGUCCAUGACAGUACUGCUACUGUAGACAAGUUGGAGGAUUUCAUCAACAAUAUUAACAGUGUCUUGGAGUCCCUGUACAUUGAGAUAAAGAAAGGAGUCACAGAGGAUGAUGGGAGACCCAUCUAUGCACUGGUGAAUCUUGCAACAACUCCAAUUUCGAAAAUGGCUUCAGAUUUUGCAGAGAAUGAACUGGAUCUGUUUAGAAAGGCUUUGGAACUCAUUAUAGAUUCUGAAACUGGUUUUGCAUCUUCCACAAAUAUUUUGAACCUGGUUGAUCAACUUAAAGGCAAGAAGAUGAGGAAGAAGGAAGCUGAGCAAGUGCUACAAAAGUUUGUACAAAACAAGUGGCUGAUUGAGAAGGAAGGGGAGUUCACCCUGCAUGGCCGGGCCAUCUUGGAGAUGGAGCAGUACAUCCGGGAGACUCGUCCUGAUGCUGCCAAGACCUGCAACAUUUGCCACAGCCUCCUCAUCCAGGGUCAAAGCUGCGAGACCUGUGGUAUCAGAAUGCAUUUACCUUGUGUGGCCAAGUAUUUCCAGUCGAAUUCUGAGCCCCGCUGCCCCCACUGUAAUGAUUACUGGCCCCAUGAGAUACCAGAAGUCUUCGACCCUGAGAAGGAGAGGGAGGCUGGUGUCUCCAGAUCAAACAAGAAGUCCUUGCGAUCCAGGCAACACUAACCGGAGCAGGGGUUCAUUGCCUUUAGGGAAAUGGUCCAUACGGCCCUGUUGGAAGAGGCCUGUUUCAUUGUUCAUGCCUUUAUUACUUUAUGUUCAUUAACAGGUUUGGAAUAAAAUUUACUAAGUUGCUGCUGUGGCCUCAGUCAAUGGUCAUGCCCCUCUGCAGG